AUGUGUUUGGAUUUGAAUUUUGAGUACUGGGUCAUCACGCCUACACAACAAUGGGACGCGCUUGAACAUCAGAAAGCAUGGUUAGAUUGUGGUUACCCAAAUAACAAAGGUCUUGCCAUAAAAACCCUUAGGGAGCAACUUCUCUGGUAUGAAAAUAACAGUUUCAACAAAGAAAGAAGUAAAGCUAAAGAAAUUUUGGAAGGGCUUCCG